GAGGAGGAGUGGGAGUCCAAGUGGCGACGGAGAGCUGCGGCUUUGACGGACUGGGCGCGUCAGUCCAUCGGUUGCUCCUUUCUCAAGCCCCGUCCGCUGCCGCGCGCUCUGCUGCGUCCGGCUCCGUGUCUUCGCUCCAGCUCGAGAGGGGGCCAGAAAGCGAGAGAAGCCCGAAGCGAGAACUUAGCGGAAACUUAGCAGAGAAUGCUCCGAAAGUCGGCGGUCCUGCUGCUGCUGGCGGCCGCUGCUGCUGCGACUUACGAAGUGGAGCAGAAUGACUCCUUCAGCCCCAGGAAGGCCAGGCUGGCCGCGCAAAAUUCAGGUACCCUCUUUCUCCUUUGCAGGCAGGAGCCCGUGCAGACAGCUAUUGCGGCUCACUUUGGCCGCAAACGCAGGCGGGAAGUUCUCCUGCGCAAGCCGCUGCCCCACUGAAAGAAAGGACGGGAGCUGUGUGCAGGAGGGGAGCUUGCGCAGGAGAACUUUACGCUGCGUUAAUAUGCCUCCUGCUUCUCUCUCUCUUUCUGCCGCUGUUCCACAGCCGAAUGAAUGGGAGGAGAGCGCUCGCUCGUUUCAGCAGCUGGUGUACUGAUCCUAAAUGCGGGGUAGUGUUCGAGGUGGUUCACACUGCGCCGUCCGCUUCAGCCACAGCGGAGACCUCCAGUCUUCUUGGAGAACUGAACUGAAGCAGAAUGGUUCACCCAUCUCCAAGUUAAGCACCAUUCCCUAGCGAACACUUCAUGCCUCUGAUGAAUUGCGCCCCGCCCCCAAAACAGCUUCUGCUAGAAUUAAAUUGGCUGGUCUUCAAGGUGCCCCGAGACUUUUCGUGAUGUUGCUGCAGCAGAUUAACAGAGCUAACCUACUACUCUGGAAAUAGAAAGAUGGUGUGUGGCUGUGUAUGCACCAUAUACUUAAGGCGUUCUCCCUGCCCUCCCCCCGAAAAAAGAAUCCUGAGAACCGUAGUUUGUUCGGGGUACUGGGAACUGUAGCUCUGUGAGGGGAAAACUACAGUUCCUAGGAUUCUUUGGGGGUGAUGUGCUUUGCAUGUGUUCUAAGUGGAUGGUGUGUAUGGAGCCUUAAUAGCUGUACCGGGAACAGAGUACCCCAUGUAAGUACCUACAUCUGAAAAUCUACACCUUCCCUUUCUGGCUUCUAACUUUUAAUCCUCCCUUGCUCUACAGUCAAAUCAGGAAUUCUCAUGUUGCAUGUUACCAAUACACAGUCUUAAAACAAGUUAGUUCCAUUUGAGAAAUGGCCUGUAUAUGUUUUGCUGACUUACCUAAAGCUAAACACUUUUGAAAAGGCUAAGUUGUUGGCUGCUGCUUAUGCUUCCAGCGCUGGCAGGCAUCACUUGCACCCAUUUAAAAUAAAGACAUUUAUACUCCUCUGAUUUGACACUUGCCAAGAGAGGCUGCUAUUUCAGAUCUGCAAGAAUCUGCAGCACAGUUCUAGGGUAUUUGCUCAAUUUCCUUUUGUACUUGGUUGCUAUAGAAACAAAGGGUCUCAGUUAUUCCACUGUGCCUAAAACAAUAAGAGCCCUAAUAUGUAUUAAACAUGCUAAGUGCCAAGUUAUAACCUGAAUCUAUGGAAACAUAUUGUUAUAAAAUGAGUUGUUUUAUUCAUUCAUUCAUUCAUUCAUUAAAUUUCUAUGCCACCCUUCAUCCAAAGAUCACAGGGCAGUUUGCAAUAUAAAAACACAAAAAUGCAAAACUUAGUAACAAAUAAUAACCCCCACCCACAAAUAAAUACACAGGGUAUUUAUUUCUGAGGAUAGUUAGGGAUGGUUUGCAGAGAGCUUUGUCUUAUCAAAUAGUUCUUUUUCCUUGCAUAUAAGUUAGCAUUGAAACAUGCAGUGUUCUCAUUUAAAAGAUGCUACACUUGACUAGAAAUUAACGAGCUUUUUCACUAGGUUUCUAGAACUACUGUCUAAAAUCCUCUGCUUCCCUGAGAAAUAGCAUCCCAAUUUUUUAAAAGUCCUGGUUUGCACUGCAUUCCUAACAUAUGAAACAUGAUCAGGCAAAAAGUAACAGAUCUCCCUUUGCAUGACUGAGUAGAAAUUCAGCUUGGAGAAAAAUGUUACACCAAUUUACCUGCAGGCAGGGGAGAAAUCUGGUGGAUUGUCAGCCAGCUUCUGGAAGAAAAUUGUCCUGCUGACAUAUUUAAAUAGUUCAGCCUUGUGCACAAACUCUGGCGGCUCUUCCUAAGUUCUUUAUGCUGCUCUGCUCACCUCCAUGAGCUUAACUAGUGGGCUUUAACUACAUUUACUGCAUUACUCUACUAAUUUUCCAUCAAGGAGCUCAAGGGGAUUACAUGAUUUUCUCCCUGUACAUUCCAUCUAAUCCCCUUCAACAACCCUGUACGGUAGGUUAUGCCCAGAAAUGACUAGCCCAAGGUCACUAAGUCAGUUGUAUGGCUGAGUAGGGAUUUAAAGCUGGGGUCACCUCAAUCUUAGUCUGACACUUCAACCAUUUCACCACCGUGACUGUCUGCAAAAUCUUAACUGGAGCCUUACACUCAAUUUAGUGGGAUUAGAAAGCCUGUAUUAGUGACAGCUUUUGAAACUGGAGUUGAAAGAUAAAGAAACAUUUGUCCAAAAUGCUUACAGGUUAGACUCUGGGUUUAUGGGGCCCCUUCAAAUGAGAAUUUAAAUAAUAAUUACUAUCAAAUGUGGCAAGCCAGCUUGCUGCAUCUGGAAGCCCUGUGCUCAUCCCAUCAAAUGGGGCCCUGCCUUUUUGUUUCAAAGUCCUUUCCUCAUGGUACCAUUGGGUCCUUAUUUAAGCAGACGGACAUGUUCGCAGUGCAUCCAUUCAAACAUCCAACAUGAUUUGGAAGCGUCAGAUCCUGCUGCUUCAGCAACUUCUCUACUUGGCUGAUGAAGGUAUGAGCCGUUGUGCUGGUCCACUGCUCUUGGCCACUGAGCAUCCUAAGGCAAUGGUAAUUUGCCUCUUUCUACAGUAUAUACUCAUCCCAUGCUUCUUCCAGCUGUGCACUUCAAUGCUCAGCUGCCAAUUCCAUGACACCUCCACAUAGACAGCAAGCAACGCAAUGAGUGUAGAAUGCAUUAUCUAUUUUUAAAUGUAAGGGACUGCAGUUUCCUAUAUUUAAACUGUUUUAGUGUGUCACACCAGAAGCACGGGAUGUUCAAUUUUGGAACAGAAAGGAUAGUUGUGCAAAUUGACCCCCUUCUGUAGUGAUUCUUUAGGCUAAGUUAUAAAGUUUAUACCAUAAUACAGCUGUUUUAGAUGGGAGGUUUGGGGCAUCAUUAAGGGUGACUGAAUUUAAAGCAGGUAGAAAUGUCCAAUGGGGCAUCAUCCAUUAGGAAGUUCUCCUGAACAAAAAUAGACAAAUCCUUCCCACCCCACUAAAAGAGGAGCACUAAAGGGUCAGAAAACAUAACGCUACCUGCCUGGGUAAGUAAGAAUCAUAGAAUCUUCGGGUUGGAAGGGACUCAAGGGACCCCCUGCAAUACAGGAAAUGUUUCAGCCUGGUGCCAAAAAGCAAGCAAUGAUGGCACCAUGUGUCCUUCUCUGGGGAGAGCAUUCACAUCAAGAUAAGUCUGGGUCCAACAUAUGCAAAGUAGCUCCUCUCCCUACAUGAACCCCUUGCUCAUUAAGGUUAGUGACAAAGGCCCCUUGGAACAUCAGCCCAUUGUUGGCAAGGUGAGGAAUGAGGCCACAGUUCCUCCAGAAUUACCUUCAAGUGAUGCCCAACACUUUGUGCCGGUGCAUGCUUUCAGGAGGUGAGUUAAGGUGCGUUCUUUUAUUCUGGAAUGCUUGUAGUGUUCUGUAAGAGUUGGAAUGCCAUCAGGUGUGGCUUAGGUUAUGUGAUGGUUUUUAUUUUAUUUUUCUAUGCAUCUCAGAGGUAAUCCUGGUUUUUAUAAAGAGCGGGGUGAUGAUUUAUUACUUACACCCCCUGCCCAUCCAACCAAGUUGCCCUAGUCAGGAUAUACAUAUUUGUCAGUACUUAACAGUCCCCAAGGGCAGGGGUACCUUUACCUUUACCUAACAGUCCCCAAAUGGAGGAGAAAUUAACUUCAGUUUACAUAUAAAGGCAAAGCUGCCCAGUACUUACUUUCCGAAACAUUAUUCAAACUAGAGCACAACCAUCUUUCAGAAUUUGCACUUCUCCAAAUUUUGCAAUGCAGUUCUCCAGCAUGUGAUGUGCAUGAGAAUUUACCUAAUACAGUGUGCAUAUAAAUGUAUAUACUGGUGGAAAUUGCUUUGCAAACUGAAUUUAUUAAGCAAAAUCAUGUCUAAAAUAUGCAUAGGGAAACUUGGCACAAGAAAUACUGCCUAAUUUCAAACUGAUGUGUAAAUGUGGAGAACUGAACUUAAGGUUGGAAAAAUGAGAAACUAAAAUUAGCACAGUCAUGCAUUGCUACCCAGAAACAGAAGAGGGACAGCACAGCACUGUAGCAUGGGUUCAGAAACUCUUUUCCAAUCAAGCAUUCCAUGGAAACAUGCCCAUUAUGUAUCCAUUGCAGCCACACCUUUAGUCCGUAAAAUGCUAGGUAUUCCUCUGCGCCUCUUGGCAUCCUAUCCUUGAAAGGUUUACUGACUUGCCACCCUGAAUUUUAGCAAUAAUUCAAAAAUGCUUUUUCUACAAAUAAUCUCUCCCUUGUCUGUAUGUUGACUUGGAAUGGGAAAUUACCAUUACCCUAUACAUGCAGAAACACACUCACGCUACAUAAUCAGAGUUUAAUCACUGGAAUGAAGUUGGAAGCCAACAGUCCCAUACAUGUCUACUCAAAUGCAAGCCCAAUUAAAUUAAAUGUAACUUAUUCCCUGGUAAAUGGGCCUAGGAUUACAGCCUCAGUGAGCAUAAUGGCCAUGUGUGUCUUUUUAACUGAUGAAGCCCAUAGUUCAUAAACUCAGCCCAAAACUCAUUGAGUGGCCCUAAGCAAGCCAUUAUAGAACGAUACGGAGUAAGGAAUGGGAUCUGGCAGGCAGGUAGGCAUGAUCCUUAUAUCCCCACCCCCUUCAUGCCAAGCUUGACAGGGAGUGGGGUCACCUAUUUGUCAACCACAUUGUGUCACACCGACCUCUAUUUUUGACUGCAGGGGUUGAAAUCAAACUGUGCAGGAAAAGGCACGGUGCUAUUUAAGCCCUGGUGAUCAACUGGUAAGCAGUGCUGGCAAACCUCAUUUUGGUGCAGUUGAGUCUUUACUCACCCCACAUAUAUGACAUCAGAUCUAGGGCAGGUAGCUGUGGCUUGGCCAAAUGAGGAGGCCUGGCAAAGCCUUAUUAGGUCUGUGGGGUGGCAUUUCCCCACUCCCGACUUAAGGAUUUGUGAUGGUUGCAUUGGAGUGAGAGCCUGGGUGGGCCAAAGUGUCCUUUGGCACCUCCUUUCUCAGAAUUGUCAUCAUACGCAGCCCCUUUUCCUGGCUGCUUCUCAAGGAGAGGUGAGACAGUGACACCCACUCAAGCAGCUCAGCUGGAAUGAACUGCCAUUUGGCUGCUCAUCCACCCCAUAAUUGUCUUGCAGUGGCUAUGACAACCCAACUUUGCCUUUUCCCUCCUCCCUACCUGUCUGUCUUUGCAUUGCAAUGGCUGCUAAACUGUGAACUGUUAAAAUAAAAUGUGAAGCUUCUUAGGUGCAUUGGCAGUAAGCUGAUGUAUCAAACUAGCAAUGUCUGGAAUUAGCACUUUGGGAAGGGUGUUUCUGUACAUACUAACCAUUUUGAAUGUGCAGUUGUAAUAGCCCCAAAGUCUGACAUUCAUUGCUUGUUGGAGACUGUGUCGCAUUGCAGGACUGUAACUAUGUGCUUGUUUCUUCCUGCUUUGUAAAAUUGGGUUACAUUGCUACAAACAGUGGACUUAUGCUAUGGUUCUUGUUGCAAUAAAAAUGUUUUGCUAUGUUAAUAGUGACACACACACACACAAACUCCUCUCCACCAUUCUCACUAUGGCACCAGUGUGGAAGGGUGAAAUGGGAAGGUUCAUCUAAUGCCGCCUUUUCCAGCUUGGUUGAACUACAUCAGGCAUGGCCAAACUUGGCCCUCCAGAUGUUUUGGGACUACAAUUCCCAUCAUCCCUGACCACUGGACCUGUUAGCUAGGGAUGAUGGGAGUUGUAGUCCAAAACAGCUGGAGGGCACUGGUUUGGGAGUGACAAAUCAAAUGUUUAUAAAGUGGCAACAUAACUGGGGUGGAGGCUUCUCGGCUUGGUUUGUAAAAUGAAAGCACCAGAAACGUUUGUUUUCUUGGCAGUCAUGCUUUCCAAUUUGGAGUCCCUAAAAUCAGUGAUGCUAUGAGGGCUGGACUUCAGGGCAGAAAUCCACCUCACCAAAAUGAACAGGAGGACCCCCAAAUGCAGCCUGUCUGACUUACUGUGUCUGUGAUGAAUAGGCAACCGUGCCUUCAGGAACUGAGUUUAGUGCCUGUCACCUGUGGUUCAGCUGUCCAAUUAUGCACUAAGACUUUCUGGGAUGGUGUCCUCCUGGUGUAUUUCACACACAAAAAAGGCUUGAUGCAGAAAAUGUACUCUCCAAGGUGCUGGAAGCUGACUCUUGCAGCAGAAAUGCAUUUGAGGUGUGGUGGCUUAGCUGUGGGUGCUUGUUAAAGGUGAUGUGUAGAAUAUGCACACUCCAAGAGGAAAGCAAUGACUUAACAAUUGCUGGCAAAUGCCUUCAAUUGAGUUGAAAGCUGCUAUGGAAACAUGAGGCAUGGCAGAAGACUGUAUUAAGAUGGACUCUCCUUCUCUCUACCCCUUCUCUUUUGCAGCGGAUGUGGUGCGGUGUUUAAAUAGUGCCCUCCAAGUAGGGUGUGGUGCUUUUGCCUGCCUGGAAAAUUCCACAUGUGACACAGGCGGCAUGUAUGACAUCUGCAAAUCCUUUCUCUACAGUGCAGCUAAAUUUGACACUCAGGUAAAGUAUCAGCCUAACCCCUUUUCCCUUGCAGCUUUCUUGCUGAUGGGCAGGGGAAGAAGGGCCAGGGCUCCAUGGUGGUGCAAUGCUUUCCAUGCAAAAGGCAUCUCCACUUAGAGAUAGGAAAGUCUCCUGUCUGAAACCCUUGAGAGUCUCUGCUAGUCAGUGCAGAUCAGUGGGUGGAGAACAGCUGGUCCUCCAGAUGUUGGUGGACUCCAGCUCCUAUCAGCCUCAUCCAAUAUAGUCAAUGUUCAGGGAUGGUGGGAGUUGUAGCCCAGCAACAGCUGAAAGGCCACUGGUUCCUGUUGGUGUAGGUACUAUUGAGCUAUAUGAGCCAGGGGUCUGAGUAGGAGGCAGCUUUCUUUGACUCAUAUGCCCAGGGGUGAGACGCUGCUGCAACCAGUACUAUUGUAUUGUACAUAAGUUCUCAGAAUUCACCUGUCUUCAUAUAGUGCAACUGAUGGAGAGUGGACUUGGCUUGGCUGAGAUAGCCUUACAGGCCAAACAGGGAGGCCUCAGUGGCCUAAAUUUGCUUUUGUGCUGGAGUUUCGCAACCACUGUCUUACAACAACUGCAGAUAUAAAAAGAAGCAUUCUUAUUCCACAGAAGGAAAUGCUUCUUCUAAGAUGCUGGUUGCUGUGAUGCAUGUGUGUAUCCUCUUAAAAUGAAGCAUCUUGUUUUCUUUAAAACAGGGAUAGCGGAACCUUUGGCCCUCUAGAUGAUGUUGGUGUCAACUUCCCUUGGCCUCAGCCAACAUGGCCCACUACUGGGGAUACAUAUAUAAUUUUAUUUGUAUAUGGCCCAUUUUGUUCUUAAGCCUGGUGGAGUCCCAGCUAUUUGAGCAAAUAAGGGUUGUAGCUCACUGGCAGAUAACUUCCCAAAAGUCCAAGGUUCAGUCCCUGUUAUCUCCAGGUAGACCUGGGGAAGACUCCAGCCUGUUCUGGAAAGCCACUGCUGGCCAGUUAUCAAUGAUACUGAGCUGCAACAAAGCUGCUGGUUGCAUGAAGAGCUUCUGAAUUGUCCUUUGUCCCUUAAUAUUUUAAGUAGCUGCAGAUAUGUCAGGUGCUUCAUUUGCUGCAAAUAUGUGAUAACUUGUAUCCAGAGACAGUUUAUUCAGUUGUUGUUUUUUAAAAAAACCAAACAUUUUAUUAACACAGUGGAUACAUUCAAGUGGUGGGUUGGGACUAGGGGUCCGUUCUAUGACAGUACAUUUUCCACUCACUGUGUGUGAAGGCUUGGCAGAGGAUGUCGUGUGGGGUGGAGAAUCAAGCUUCCCUUUCAAGAGGAAACAAAUGUUCUUUUCACACAGCCACUCCUACUGUGGGAGCUGGCAGGGAGAUGUGCAGUGCCAGAUCAGCCUGACAUGACUUGCACUUCUGUUUCCUAGGAGGCUAGGAAUUAGAAACUAGGCACCUAACCCACCAAGUUUAGAGCCCUGGCCAUUCCUACCAUUGGACAAGGUGGAGUGGCUUUCCUUAGGCUGGAGGUUUUAAGAUGCCAGUAAAUAAGAACAGUAAACUGGCAAAUUUUAAAGUUCAUUAUUAUAGGGUGUUUGUUUUUUACUAACGGUGGAUUUUUUAUUUUUUGCUUUAAGCAUCACUGAGUAGCAGAGUAUCUAAAGUAGGGACCAUGGCAGGAGACUAUGGCCUACCAGAUAUUGUUGGAUUUCAUUGCCACCCGCCACCCCAGAAAAAGUCAGCUUGGCCAGUGGUCAGGGCUGAUGGGAGCUGUAGUCUAGCAAUGCUUAGAGAGCUGCAGGCUUUCUUGCCAUCCCAGUCAGAUGGGAUUUCAUAUGCAAAGCAUCUAUAUCUGCAGGGUAGAAGAUUACUGACGGGGGAUGCCUUUGGAACUUACAUAGCCCCUAUUCUGAAACAGCUGUUUUGGCUGCCAGUUCCUUUCCAGACCCAACUUGAGGUGCUUAAAGUCUUAAAAGGUCCCAACUUUCGGAGAGACUGCCUCAUUCCUUUCAGGUGAUAAGAUCAGCUGAAGUGGGGGGGCCCUCUUGGUAACUCCUCCACCCUCAGACAUUCACGGGGGGGGUGAAGUCCAGGAGAGGGCCUUCUCUGUGGCAGCCCCUAAGUUGUGGAAUUCCCUCCCCACAGAGAUGGGUGUGGCACCAUCAUUAUACAGCUUUCAUUGUAUGCUUAAGGCAUCUCGCUUUACCCUGACCUCAGACACCUGCUGGUGUGUGUUCUCAGCAUGCAUCCUAUUCCUAUGACCAUUUUAACUGCUUUUAAUAUUUACUUUUAAAUUGUUGUAACCUACCCUGGAACUUGCUGAUAAAUGGCAGGUUAAAAAAUUACCGUAUUUUUCGCCCUAUAGGACACACUUUUCCCCAUCCAAAAAUGAAGGGGAAAUGUGUGUGCGUCCUGUGGGGCGAAUGCAGGCUCCUUGGCUUCAGCGAUAGCAACGCGAAGCCUCCCAAGCCUGCUCUCCGGAGGCUUCGCGUUGCUUUUGCUGAAGUCAGGAGAGUCUGCUCUUUGAGGCUGGCGGUGGGGGAAAGCAGCGCUUCCCCCCACCGCCAGCCCCACAAGCUGGGGGGCAGCGGGAAGGCGCGUGACGCCUUCGUGUUACUCUCCAACCUGGUUUGGAGGCUGGCGGUGGGGGAAAGCAGCUCUUCCCCCCACCGCCAGCCCCACAAGCUGGGUCGAAAAGCUCGCAGGAGCCGUGCGCUCUUUAAAGGGUGCACGGCUUCUGUGGGCUUUUCUAUGAGGUGGGUGGAAGGGGGCUGGCAUGACUAUUAAGCAAAAACAUUAAGGUUGGUUGCAUGAUGUGGGCUUGUCUUGGGAACAGUCAGGUCAGCAGCUGAAUUUAUGGCUUAAGCCCUUUACUUAUCAGAGCACACGCUGUCACAAGAAGAUCUCUAGGUGUGGAGCAAACCAAAUUAAUUGGUUUAUUCUCAGCCUGGAUUAUCAAUCAACCUCUCCCUGUCUGGAAAUCUGUUGUGAAAUUUAACUCUGUCUCCAUCCUGAAAAUGGCUCAGGGCUCCUCUACUCUUCUGCUAGUCCCUAAAAAGCACAAGUCUGGGAGUUUUUCCACUUGUCCCAGGCUUUCUAGGCACAGGUCUGAGUGGUUUUGCCUUUCCCUUGCUGAUUUCUCCCAGGAAACCUGCGAUUUAGUGCUAAAUCAUAAGAAACAGCAACCCACAAAAGAAACCCAAUUGCUGUUUGUUCCGAUUCCAUGCUAAACUGCAGGCUUUCCCAGAGGAAAAUGGAAGUGUACAUGAGCCCUCCGUGUUGCCAAGUAAGCUUUGUAUGUACUGAUGCUUUAGUUGCAGUUACCAUUAUACAUGCUAAGGGUGAAUUUGGUUUUCUGAAUUCUCCUUAAGUAGCCAAAACAACACCACCCAUGAAAUGCAAGUUGGCAAAAGUACAUUAAAAAAUAUAUAUAUUUAUAUAGGGCAUACCAAAAAGGGGGGAGGACUAGUGAAUUUGGGAGGAGAACAGGAGGGGAAUGGAGUACCUUGGGAGAAGGCAUUGCUGGGUGUCCAGAAUGCUGAAAUGGAGUCAUCCCCACUGGCAGGGGUAGAGGAGAAAUUCAGUCUAGUUUGCAUUUAAAGGCAAAUCUACCUAACUUUUACUUCCCAAAAUAAAAUGCAAACAGAAACUCUGCUGUAAUUUUAAAAUUACCACUUCUCUGAAUUUUGCAAUGCAGUUCUCCAGGAAAGCAAUAUGUGCAAAAAUGCAUAUAUUUGUAAAAACAGACAUAUGUGUAUAUAGGGAGAAAUUAGCACUAAAAUGCUUCUGAAUUUUUAUGAGAACUUAAAAAAACAACCUCUUGAACUGGAAAUGUGGAGACCUGGAAAAAUGAGAAACUAAAAUCAACAUUCACCCAUUGCUAACUGAGGUUCCCACUUGAGGAUCGUUAAUUACAUGUGGCAAAAGCAUAUUAUACAGUAAAGAUUCAUACUCCUGUUCUUUUAACCUGGUCACUUACACCCUAACAAUCAAUUGGCAGGGGAAAGCCUUUGUGAAGGAGAGCUUGAAGUGCAUUGCAAAUGGCAUCACCUCAAAAGUAUUCCUUGCCAUUCGGAGGUGCUCCACAUUCCAACGAAUGAUUUCUGAGGUGCAGGAGGAAUGUUACAGCAAGCUGGACAUCUGCGGCAUUGCAAAAAAGAACCCAGAAGCGAUCACAGAAGUCGUCCAGCUUCCAAACCACUUCUCAAACAGGUAGGCUUGUUUGUGCACUAUAAAAGACUUGAGUACACUUCUUGAAAAAGCAUGUUCAAGUCAAGGCCAGGGAUGAGGGUUAACAUAGCUGGGCACCUGCCACAUGCCAGGGGUUCCACUGGCAAGAGUGGACUUGCUUUAGCGGUUGGCUCACUAUUCGGUGCAUUGCUCAUAGACCCUCCAAAAGCUGGCGCUCACCCUGGUUCAAGUUGGGUUGAUUGUGAUGAUAAAGUUUGGUGUGGAAAGAGAACCAGGUCCACCACUGGAGCUCCUGAAUGGAAAGGCAAGAUGCAAAUGUAGUAAUGAACUAAAGCUGUUCCACAAUAAGUUGAAGGAUGUUCAGUGGCAGAGCAUCUGCUGUGUAUGCAAAGGCCCCAGACUCAACCCCCAGCGUAUCCAGGUAGGGUGAUGAAAAGUGCCUGUUCAGAAAUGCUGUCAGUCAGGGUGAAUGGCAGUGAGUUUUAUGGACCAGUGUGGCUGUCAUUCUGAAAGGAAAUGGCUGCAGCUCUUCACUGCUGUCUUGCUGACUUGGUGUAAGGCAACUUCCUGUGAACUCAUGGUCUUUCUGUGAUUGUCUUAAUCCUGCUAAAAUUGUGAGAAUGUAGCUAGGGAGGCAGCAAUUUCUGCAGUGGGGGGAGUAAGAAGCCGCAGGGCCUCUUCCAACCUGUAGAACUCAAGUGACUGAAGGGGGGCGGGUAGUCCUUCGGGCUGCUGGAAACAAAGCCAACAGAAUUUCCCAGCUAGUAAAUUGACACAAGUUUUCCCAAAGCAAUCCUGCUUUCUCAGCUGUCCCCAACAGAAGCUAAGCAUGAACUAGAUGGCACUGCAGUCAAACAGGAGGUCAUUAAAAGGUCAGGGCACCUUUUCCAUGGUUAGUCUUGAAUGGUAUCUGAAAUGGGAGAGAAAAGAUUGGCAUGUGGGUAUGUGUACUAGGCUAAAACGUUUUUAAAAGACUCCUAUUUCACAAUUUGAUCUCAAGCAAGGCCUUCUUUGCUGAACUGUUGCCUUGUAUGAUUUCAGGCCUGGCGGCUCUACUGUACUGUCUGCUUCAGGAAGGGGAAAGGCUUCUUCCCUCCACAAGUUAUUUGUUUUAAAGACUUACAGCCCUUAUAUUUAUCAUUGCUGAUACCAUGGUGGGGUGCAGCAUAAUACUGCAUUAGCAAAGCUUAAAUGGCAGCAGGGGCCUCUAAACAUAGCAGAGAAGUCUGAAGCAGUCACUCAUUUAGAAACUUGAAAGUCCUCGGGGAGGAGUGGGGAACCUUUGGCCCUUCACACGAAGGGCCUUGACUGUUGAAUGUACUGGUUGGGGUUGAUGGGUGUUGGAGUCCAAUAGCACCUGGAGAGCCCAAAGUUGCUCACCUCUAUUCUAGGUACACAGGUACAUGUUUACUUAAUGCUGAAAUGACAACAAUGUCAGUUCUUUACACACCUGUAUGGGGGCGGAAAAGAUUCUCAGGCAAAAGGCUGCAGGCAAAAGCAGGUGGAUCAACUAAUAUUCAUUCUUGUGCCCUUGUACAGCAGGCUAGUUUCUGCACACAGAAAUCACACACCCCUCUGUAUCAGCCUUAUCAGAGUCCAGGGGCACAAUCCAGUCAGACAAACACUCAAGAAGGGUGUCAGGCAGGUCAAGUGCGGACUGUGACCUGGGGGUAAGGAGCAUGGGCAGGGAUGAAUUCCAACGGCCAGUAGAGAGGUCCAGAAGGCUACAUCCCCCCCCCCAGACCUGAGGUAGCCCACCCCCUGCUGUAAGGCAAGGGAGGGUAGUGUAUGACCUUCUAGAGCAGUGGUUCUCAACCUUGGGUCCCCAGAUGUUUUGGGCCUACAACUCCCAUGAUCCCUUGCUCACAGGACCAGUGGUCAGAGAUGAUGGGAGUUGUAGGCCAAAAACAUCUGGGGACCCAAGGUUAAGAAAGGCUGUUCUAGAGGUUCCUAGUCUACAACUCCAAUCUUCCCUGACCAUUGGCUGUGCUGGCUAGGGCUGAUGGAGUUGGAAUCAGAGUCCAACAACCACGAAGAAGACUCUGUCCCAUGUCAUCAUCAACCAAACCUGCUGAUCAAAAAGCAUAGGCAAUUGGUUAUAGAGGGGGCACUUCUUCAGGUAUUCAGGCCCUAAACUAUUUGGGGCUUUAAAAGUAAGCAGCAACACCUUAAAUUGAGCUUAGAAGUGGAUGGGCAGUUAGGGCAGUUGUUUAAGGAAUCAAUGUGAUAUGAUCUCUCCUGGUGGUACCUGUCAAACAUCUGUCACAUGCAUUAUUGACUCAGUGAAACUUCUGAGUUGUCUUCAAAGGUUGUCUGCAGUGCAUAGCAGUCAUUCAAACAAUAGCUGAUCACAGCAUGGGCCACUGCAGCCCUGCCAGGAAUAUUUGUAGCUGGUGAACCAGCUGAAGCUUGGAAAGGACUUUCCUUGCCACUGAAGCCAUCUGGUCCUCAAGCACCCUCAAACUAUGUACCUAUUCCUUCAAGGGAAGCACAGCCCUAUAUUCCCAUAUCCAGGAAUUAGUUUAUUGGCCCUCAUCCAGCCCAUUAGCAUAUCAAAGCACCAAUUCAGUACCUUCACUGCCUCACAUGACUCAGAUGACAAUGUGAACUAGAUAUUGUUGGGCUGCAACUCCUGUAAUUUCUGGCCUUUGACCAUACUUCCUGUUGGGUGUUUGAGUCCAACCACUCCAGAGGACCACAGGCUCACUGUCUCUGGCCUCCUCCAACUGGCAGCAGUUCUUCGGGGAUCUGGGCAGCAGGAUCUGCUACUAUUACUCAACCAGUAGUGCUGUUAAGUAAUAUAAGACUCCAGGCAUAAUGGUCUGUUGGAGAGAGCUUUAAAUGUGUAUUGUGGAAAUACUUACAGUUUUAACUUGUUACUGAUGAACCUCCCACAGAACUUGUGUUAAGUCAGCAGGUGGUAUGGAAGUAAAUUGUAAGUAAAUGAAGUAAACCUCUAUUUUUCACCUGCCUUCCCAAAUGUGAUAAGGGCAGAUAUUUGGGGUAGGGGGUGUCCUAUUCUUCCACCUCAAGCUCCUGCCCUCAAAGCACUGCUGUUUUAAGCCUUGUUGUCUUAAAACUUUUGGGGUGGGAUUGAAUCUGGGACCUCCUGCAUGCAAGGCAGGUGCUCUGAGCUAUGCACACCCUUCAUUUGGGGUGCAUGCAUAAGGUGAGUUGAAAGGGUGUGCCAGUAAGUAAAGUGUAUUGGCAUAGCUAGAGGUGUAGAUUAUCGGUGAGAAGAUUGAGUGGGAUGUUCUUUCCUUUUUAAAAACCAUCUCAGUCCUGCACCGAGGUAAACAAAUUCUUAAAUUCUGGGAUUCAUAGAAGUGGCAGAACUGGUUACACUUGCACAAACCAAUUCACUCUGGUUUAGCUAGCUAUGAAAGAAGGCAGGCAAAGACCUGCAGGGUUCAAAGGUUCUAUGUCGUGUUGACCAUGUGAACUUUUUCUCCUAGUUUUGGCAAUUUCACCAUGCAUUCUCUGCAGAGUUCUUAGCCAUUCAUAGGUCUGGGAUUAUAAUCAUUUUCUAAAAAUUGAAACCCUAAGGGUCAAACAGGAAUGCAAGCUAUGUUUGCAAAGGAGCAAUCAGGAGCACCCACUAAAGUUAGGGAGAGCUCUGUUUAAUGGCUAGAUCUGCUCUGUCACAUUACCCAUCGCUAGGUAGUCUGCAGCUGGUUUUUAGAGCUGCAGUGCAAACUGACCCUCAGCCCCAGCCAGCAAGGUCAUGGAUGGUAGGACAACUUCAUCAACACCAUCUGGAGGGCCACAGGUUCCCCACUCCUGUCUUAUAUAUGCAGGUAUUAUAUAUAGUUAUUGCAAAGCUAUUACAUUAUAUAGGCAUUGGUUGCAAAAGACAGCUUUUAGGGGUGGCUUUUGUCUUAUGGCUUGCUUCAAGUAAACAAAUCAUUCUGUCAUUAUCUUGAUAAUCAGCUGGAAUAGCUCUUGCUCUGUCCAAUUUAUCUAUUGCUCAAGAGCAUUUGGGUGUUGGAAUUCAGGGUCCUGUCUCCCUACCCAUCACCUGUUCUCUAGUUCUUCUAAGAAUGUUCCCUCAGAAGUUGCAAAUAGCUUUCUCACUGUGGAUCUUCAUUUCACCAUGGCUUUUGCUGUCUCAUAUUAAUUAUAUUCACAAUUUAGGCUUUCCAUUCUUUAUAUUGCAAACUGCCCUGUGAUCCUCAACUGAAGGGCAAUAUAUAAAUUUAACAACAACAAUAAUACUUUGGUUAUUGUUGGGUUGCCCCAGCCACUCUGGGUGACUUCCAACAAAUUUAAACACAGUAAGACCCCAAACAUUAAAAACUUCCCUAUACAGGGUUGCCUUCAGAUGUCUUCUAAGUAUCAGUAUCAAAUUUUAUUUCAGUCACACACCAGCAUAAGAUAAAACAUACGGAUAAACUGAACACAUAAGACUUAAACAGGUAAGGGAUAAAAAACUAAUAAUUAAAAGAUUAUUAUAUCAUAUAUAACUUUAAAAGAUAAAAACAAGGACAAACUGUUAAGGAAGGGAGCAUGAAGGAGCAUAGGUCUUGCAUUUUGGGCCUCGUUUGUGGCGCAAACCAUCCUUCAACAAAUAUCCAUCAUGGCAGCACAAAAUCUAGCAACUGAGUAGCAAAUCUGCAUUUUCAUCUUGAUGUAGCAGAGAGGUAUCAAAUUGUUUUGUGCAACCUGGAAAUUUACGUAGCUUAGGCAAGGUGAAUCUAGAUCUUUCCCAUCAUUUGCCACCUGAUCCUUCUUAACUGAAAAUGGCAGGAAUCAAGCCCUGGGCUUUUCGUGCGCAGAACAAGUGCUCCGCCCCUGGCUGGGAGGGAGGGGGGGCUGCUGCAGCCCAUCAGCAUAUGGAGGGCUGCAGGUUCCCCAUCUCUGCUUUAAGGCUUUUUUGGAGCCACAGGUGGUUUGCUUUGUCAGACUUUUGAAAGUGAAUCCCGGAGAAGCUGUUUUCAGUUUGGAAGUUGAAUCCUUUUGUCUGUCAAGCCAUCAGGUUUUAGAAUAGGGUCCUUUGCCAGCAAAGUAUGUAGAAAAUUGCCACAGUCUUACUUGGGGAUGAAUCUCUCUCUUCAGUAAUGGCAUCUGGGAAAUGAGCCUGAAACCCCAUGCAAGAAAUUCACCAAACACACUGCUGGACCCUUGAAUAAAGAAACCAUAGAUUCCAGUAAUCUGGAUUCACUCCCAGAACCAGUAUUUAUUUAUUUAUUUAUUUAACUAUUUCCUGCCUUAAGUAUAAGGUGCCCAAAUGCCAGGACCAGCUUAGGAGAUUUUUCUCCAGGGGUGGAGAACACAAUAGUUUCCAGAUAAUGCUGGACUACAACUCCCAUAAUCCCUGACCAUUGGAACAAGAAGGGACAGAGCCUCCAAGCUGUUGUCAACUAUUGAAAGUCUCACCUUGGCGUGCACUCCUAUUUCAAAGUCCAUGUUUAUUCUGGAGCUGCCUGUGCAAAAAGUAAUAGCAGGGGGGAAAACCCACAUGCUGAAUUCUUGAUAGAUCUUCUCACUCUCUGAGAGGAUCAUUGGAAUAGCAAGACUAAAUGCAUAUGACUACUCUGUCAUUUGUGGGGGGUCACAGAACAAAGGAAAGCACAAAAGAAUCAUUGGGUGCAGAUAACUAUUAAUUGUUAGCAUUUCUGUGGUGCUUUCAGGUGCUCAAAGUGCUUAUCAGGCCUUGAUGGUAGGGGCAGAGGAGAAAUUCAGUUCAGUACAUGGUUAAAGGUGAAUCUAUAAAAUGUGUACAGCUAUUCUUGAAAAUUCACACUUAUCUGAAUUUUGAGAUUCAGUUCUCCAACUUUUGCAAAAAUCCAUAUACUAGGAUUGUGAAUUAAUAGUGGGGGGGGGGUACUUGCAAGAAUGUGUACAUUAGUCAAAACUACAUAUAAAAAUGUGUUUUAGGAGAAAUUAACAUAAAUUUUCAUGAGGACUUUGUAAUUAAAAAAAAACUGAUGUGAAAAUGUGGAGAAGUAAACUUAAGACUGGAGAACUGAGAGAAAUCAAAAUUGACAAAUUCACCCAUCCCUUGUGACUACUGAGCGGGGUGUUAAACUCAAGGUCCUCUUAAGCCACUGCACUGCAUCAGCCUCUUAUUGACUACGAUUGAGUAAAAUCUGGACUUCUGUCAUCUGUUUCAGCUUCCAGCAGCCACUCCUCAGCUCAAAAAUGCAGCAAGAGCAUUCUUGAAUUGACCAGUUGCAUGAACUCUCAAGUGUUCUCUUGCAUUUAUUUCCUGUGUAUGUAACUGAAUGAAAAAGUCACAUUGACCAGAGCAUUAAUUUCAUUUAAAAGUUACUUUCUUUUUUUAGUUAAUUCAGAAUUGAUUCAUUCCAUGCUUAAAGAGGUUCUUAGUAUCGUGUGUGAAAACCUCCUUUCUCUAAAUGAAAGAUGUCUUGCAUUUCUGGAGCAGUUAUUGUAGGGCAGGACAGAAUAGUUCAGAUUCUUAAAACUCCACUGUCUGGCUCUUUGGAAGCAGACUCCACGAGUUCCAUGAAGCAGUUCCCCCCACCCCCCGUGGCUGGAGUCUGCAGAGGUUGGGCUGGUGGGAGGAAAGAUGAUGCCCAAGAUUAGCUUCACCAAUGUGGUUCUGUCGUUCAGAUGCAUGGGGCUGCCUCUUGGGAAACUGGCCCCUGUGUAUUGCAGCCAUGGACCAAAUCGGAUGUUGCCCUAUUCAUGCAACUAGCAACUGCAACAAUAGCUUUUUAAAAUCACGUUUGUCAUUUACUGUAUUUAUUGCUCACCUUUUUACAAACUUCUGCAAACCAACUUACAAAAAUGAUACCAACAUUAAAGCCAAAUAUAAUCAUGGAGUCUCCCUCCUCCCACCCAGAGUGCAGAUAGCAGGCAUCUGGGGCCAGAUCUGAAUCAGGACUUUGCAAGGGGCAAAGGAGGAAAGCUGCUCUAAGGAGCACUGCCCCGCCAACCUCAGCCAGCUCCCACCUGCCUUCCAUCCAGCCCAGGGGGCUACAAAACCUAUCACCUUCCUCCUCUUUUUCCUCCUUCAGUCUGUGUUUUGCCCUUGCAGAAGUCAGCAGGGAGAUGGAUGGGGGCAAAGCCAGAAUUAGUUAGCUCUGUCUAUUAGUGCCUCCAGCUUCACCUGCCAUUGGCUUCAACAGCUGUUGGUCUUCCUGCCUUGUGCCUUACUAAUCCCAACGGGCCAGUCGCCACCGCCUGUAUGCCAUGGUCCUGAUGUGCCCUGCCCCCGAAAUUGCUUCUCAAAAAGGCAUACAUGAGGGUGGCACUGUGGUUGCUAAUUGCAUGGGUGGGGUUGUGUCUAGUUUGGCUCUGCAUUUCAAUGACAACUGCAUGUAAGACAUUCCUAGUUAGCUAGGUUCUAGUUAGGGACACAGGGAAUGCAAAAGGCCACCUCAUGAGAGCAUUCUGCAGAUGGGGAGCUAUGUUAGAAAUGGCCCAUUCUCUGAGAAAACUGGGCAGCGCCAGAGAAUGGAUGGAAUCCUUUGAGGAACCAAGAGACCUUUGCAUUGAGAAGCUAGUGUCAUAUAGUAGCUGAGAGCCUGAGUUGUGAACUCUGUUGCUAAUUGCAGCACAAAGAGGGGGGAUUUCCAUUAGGGUUGUGGCUGGGGUGCAAAUGGUUAAACCUCCCCCUUCUGUGUCUUAUGCUUGAAAUUAAAAUUGCCUUCCAUCUAGGAUUCAUUUAAAAAGAAAAAUCCUCUCACAUGGCUACAAGCCACACAAUUAUUGUGAUGUGUGGGCUCAGCCACACUUUUGCAUGGACCCAAGCAGUUUUCCACUUGUCCCGUGCUUCUUAGGUAUGGGUCUGGGCAGUUUUGUGUUUGCCUUGCAUCUUUUCCCUGGAAAACAAACACUCUUUACCACUGAAUCGGAAGAAACAGCAAACCCCCAGAAAAACUGGUCACCAUUUGGUCCAAUUCAGCCGUAAACCGUUGGCUUUCCUGGAGGGAAGUGGCAGGACAAGCGGAAGUGUGGGAGAGUCCUUAGUUAGGCCCUGUGCAGUCCUGUUUUUCUAGAACAAGAAGUGCUGGAGCUCAUCCUGAGCACCUCCUCUCUUCUCUUAUUAUGGCAAUGAUGCCCACCUGAGAGGUGUUAGAACUGAGUUCCAGCUUAAAAAAAAGCUCUGGCUCUGAUACUGAAGUUUGUGGCAGGGUGCUUGUAAACGUUUUAUUGAAGGUCCUGUGUGAGUGGCUGGAGGAUGGAUAGUGGCUAACGGAUUGAGGUUGAAUCCUGACAAGACAGCAGUACUGUUUUGGGGGGUCAGGGGUCAGGCAGGUGUGGGGGACUCCCUGGUCCUGAAUGGGGCAACUGUGCCCCUGAAGGACCAGGUGCGCAGCCUGGGAGUCAUUUUGGACUCACAGCUGUCCAUGGAGGCACAGGUCAAUUCUGUGUGUAGGGCAGCUGUCUGCCAGCUCCAUCUGGUACACAGGAUGAGACCCUCUCUGCCUGCGGACUGUCUCGUCAGAGUGGUGCACGCUCUGGUUGUCUCCUGCUUAGACUACUGCAAUGCACUCUCCGUGGGGCUACCUUUGAAGGUGACCCAGAAACUCCAACUAAUCCAGAAUGCGGCAGCUAGACUGGUGACUGGGAGCGGGCUGCCGAGACCACAUAACACCGAUCUUGAAAGGCCUACAUUGGUUCCCAGUACGUUUUUGAGCACAAUUCAAAGAGUUGGUGCUGACCUUUAAAGCCCCAAAUGUCCUUGGCCUAAAGGACCUAAAGGACCUAAAGGAGCAUCUACAACCCCACUGUUCGGCCUGGACACUGAGGUCCAGUGCCAACAGCCUUCUGGUAGUUCUCUCACUGCAAGAAGCAAAGUUACAGGGAACCAGGCAAAGGGCCUUCUAGGUAAUGGCUCCUGCCCUGUGUAACACCCUCCCAUCAGAUGUCAAGGAAAUAAACAACUAUCUGACGUUUGGAAGACAUCUGAAGGCAGCCCUGUUUAGGGAAGUUUUUAAUGACUGAUGUUUUAAUGUAUUUUUAAUCUCCUGUUGAAAGCCACCCAGAGUGACUGGGGAAACCCAGCCAGACAGACAGGGUAUAAGUAAUAUAUGGUGGUGGUGGUGGUGGUGAUGAAAUAAUGCAUAUGAAGUUCUUUGGUGUGGUCCGAAAUGCCGCACAAAUGCUUUAAUUGUAUUGGUGGGAGGAAAUAUGAACAACUAACUGUCUGAUCUUAACACAGGUAUUACAACAAGCUCGUGAGAAGCUUACUGGAAUGUGAUGAAGAGACGGUGGCGACCAUAAAGGACAGUUUGAUGGCAAAAAUCGGUCCGAACAUGGCCAGCCUUUUCCACCUCCUGCAGACAGAUCAUUGUGCCCAAAUCCAUCCGAGAGCAGACUUCAAUCGGAGACGUAUCACUGAGCCUCAGAAGCUAAAAAUCUAUUUCCGAAAUCUGCGGGGGGAGGGGCCUGUUCAGUCCCACAUGAAACGUUCUUCCUCAGAGAGUGUGUAACAUUCCUUGAGAGGGUGGAAGUGUAGGGCAGCCUUCACCAACCUGGUUUCCCCCCAGAUGUUUUGGACCUCAGCUCUUGGGUGUUGUAGUUCAAAACAGCUGGAGAGCACUAAUUUGGUGAAGGCUGGUGUAGGGAAUCCAAGCUCUACCAAAGUAGGAAAUUUACUUCUUCUUUUCCUUUAGCAUUAAUAAACACCAGAAAUUUACUGUAAUUGAUUUUAAGGAACACUGAGCUAAUCUACACAUUCAAAACAAAUAAUGACAUGUGGUAUAUUCCUCCUAGGACUGAGCUGCUUCAUUGUGCAGAUAGGAGAGUUGCAAAUUUAAUGCACAAUUGCUUGUAUCCAGCAAAGUUCUCCCCAGUGUAGCCCCACUGAAAUUAAGGUGUCCAUUGAUUUCAAUGUGUCUGCUCUGGGUAGGACCAGCAUAGGGUACAGCCCUUAGAUUUAACACACUUAAAAACAACAACUAGCAUAUCUCAAAAAGCUGUUCUAGGAUCAUCUCCAUUGACCCCUGGGCUUUUCAUUGACAAGGGGUUGUGAAUGUUCCCUGCUCAUCUCUGCCAAGAAAUACAAUCCCCUUAUCUGCAUUUUGAAGUGGUAUAGUCCCAGGAAAUUUAUCAUAUGUUUGAAAUGAAUGUAUAGACCGGCCCCUGGAAAACAGGUGGGUUUUUGGGUGAGGGGUAGGGUAUGGCGAGGAUUUAUUUUCUUUCGCUGUCUUCAGACAAGCUGCAUGGACCUGGGAUUUCUGGUUGGGGAGGGGAUCCCUUAAUUCCUGAAAUGGAAAUACCCUCUUUUCUUUCCACUCACCUUCCCAUAAAGAAAUCCAAUGAAUCUGGGCUUUUCUUGAAAGCAAUGUUAACAGCACUUCUUCAGCAAACACCAAACUAUCACUGUACUGUAGCUCAAACGCCAUUGCAGUUUGUGCAGGGAGGGAAUGAAGUCAACUGUUGAAGGCUAAAUUCUGCUGAACUAAGUUGGCAGAUAAAUGGUGGCGAGUCAAAACUACAGCAGUUGCACAGUCUAUAGAGGUCAGUUGGGAAGUCUCCUUAUGAAUGGUGCUGGCCAAGGCCAAGUAGGGUUGUCAUAUCUGGGCUUAUGGUCUCAGUGUUGUGCUCUUAAUUUUCUCAAGCUUGAAGAUCCCUUAAAUGCCUGAUUUAUACAAAAACUGAUUUUUUGCACUGUGUUGACCCUAAAGCAAGAAAAGGGGGGGCACCUGUGAUCCUCCAUAAGUUAUUGGGUUCCAGCUCACAUCAGCUCCAGCCAGCUGAGGAUGAUGGGAGUUAUAGUCUCAAUUCACCUUUAGGACCACAGGUUCCCCACCCCUGCCACAGAGAGAACCCCACUGCAACAGUUGCUCUUGGCCACACCUGCACACACCAUCUGAAUGAAGGUCACCAAAAACAGGUUUAUCUAUAAUAGGGCAGCCAAAGUUUUUCAGAAGGGGGGGGAAUGGGGGGAUUCUGAGUACUUUGUUUUCCCAAUCACCACACUGGGAAAAGGGGUUGUUUUGCCAAAUGUUUCCCACCUUUUUUUUUUCUUCUCCUUGUUUCAGCUGCCGUUUUUUUUCUUUACCAGAACUAGCUCUGGAGCUUUGUGGCGAUGCAAAAUAGCAGAUUGGCUGCCACUACUGCAGUUGUUGCUGUUGCUACUUUUAGCAGCAGAGGAGGAGGGAAACCUUAAGGGCAAUGUAAGAAGCCAUGUUGCCCCACCCCUACUAAUGGCAUGUCUCUCUCCCAGCAAAUGGGUAUAGCACAGCUCAGGAACCUCUGUCCAGAUAUUGUUAGACUUCAACUCCCAUCAGCCCCAGCCAGUGUGGCCAAUGGUUUGGAUGAUGGGAUUUGGAGUCUAAUGAGAGGGGCUGUGGCUUCCUCCAUCCCCAUGUUACAGAUUUCCUCCUUCCAAUGGGGAAUAUACAGCGAAAUAGUCUCUAUCAAUUUCAUUGCCACCAAACAUGGAGGAAAAUGUUGGAAGGUCAUGUAUGCUCAGUUCUAGGACGGCCAUGGAUCAAUGGUGUGUUGCAAGUUGUCCAGGUCAUGGAGAUGGGGACCCUGUGGCCCUCCAGAUGUUGGAUUACACCCAUCAUCCCUGGUCAUUGAUCAAGCAGGUUGGAACUGAUCCAAGUUCAGCAACAGCUUGCAGGCCACAGAAUCCCUACCCCUGCUAUAGAUCAUAGCAGUGGUACAAAAUAGUCCCUGGUGUUGUUUUCAUGUGUGUGUUGGUGGGGGCGGGAGCUUAAAUCUGUGUCUGGACUGUACCACUCAUGGAAAGUUUGUACCUGGCAUGGCUGAAACCCUUUGAUGUGCUUGCAGUAGGCGCUCUUGGGCAAUGGAGUGGACUCCCUCAGGAAUUGAUGGGCUCUCCUUCACAAAAGGUAUUUUAGCAGAGGCUGGAUGCCCAUCUGUAAGGGAACCUGUAUGGCAGAUCAUGCACAGAGCAAAAGGUUCCUUCCAACUCUGAUUCUUGGUAGGGGGUGGAUUAGUUGGUGGCUGUAUUUUUAAAGACAGAGGUACAUCCAGCCAUGGGACCCCCAUACCUGCAGCUUGAAGUGGUCUAGUGCAGCCAACAGGUCUGCCACCUCAGUGACCACUAGGCCCUUAUUUCUAUUAGGGUACUUUGUCUGUGGUCAGCCGUGACUGUGGGAGUUGCAUACCUCUUGCACUGCUUCAAAAGCAAGCAAAUAUCCUUAUGUACUGUAUCUUAAUUCAAAGCUUUAAAAAGAAUCUUGAGCAAAAGGCAGUUGUUUUGAGAACAGAGUUUCAAGACUUGUUCUGUGGUAUAAAUAGUAGAACUCAUGUACUGUACAUAAUUUCCAGAGGAGUCUGCUUUUAAAUGCAGAACAGAAUACCUUUAUAGUAUGCAUUUUAAUCUUGUACCUUGAUUUUUUUUCCUCCGCCCCCCCCCCCCGGGCACUGGUAGCAUUAAACACCGCCUGCAUUGAAAUAAUGGCACUUGUUGGAUGAAACUAAAUAUUCUUGGUUCUAAAGUCCUCUUCAGGCAUUCUUAAAUUAUCUCUCCCCACGGUAAGUGGAGGCACGCAUGCCAGUUCUGCCCCCUCCAGACCUGGAGUCAGUAGUGGCUGGGGCCCAUUAUGACUUGUGGGGUGGAAGCCAGGGAGCCAACAGCAGGUGGCGCCAGAGCCCUUGACAGACAGAGCCAACUAAUUCUAGUCUUAUUCCCAUCCUUCUCCAGGCUGAGUUCUGCAAGGGGCAAUAAUGAGACUAAGGAAGAAGGAUCUUACAGCCAGGGCCAUGCCAUGGAUUGGUUGUAGGUAAGAAGGCAGACAGGCGAGGGCUGGCUGGGGGCAGACUGAGGUUGGUGGGGCAGUGCUCCAUUUACCCAAAUGGAGCAACAGCCUCCACUGGUUGCUGUCGUUAUGAUCUGGAGCCUUGCGUUAUGAUGGGGAGGCUUCUAAGUGCAUUCAGCAAAAUUCACUUCCAAUCGCCUUUUAGACCAUGCCAUUCAACAUGGAAAAAUCAGGGGUGGAGAAGGCAGGGGAAACAUGGAGGGCUCCACUGUUGCACCAUGGAUACUAUUUAGGAACCACUGAGCAGAGCUCAAGUGCCUCCAGAGUGAAUGAAGCUGCAGUCCCAAGCACACUGCCUGUGAGUGUGAUGGGGGAACCUUUGGCCUUCCAGAUUUCAUUGGACUACAACUCCCAUCAUGCCUGGCCACUGGCCAUUCUGGUUGGGGCUGACGGCAGCUGGAGAUCAACAUCGCCUGGAGGACCACAGAUUCCUAUUCUUUGGCCUACGAAAGGGUGUCAGCCCUAUUGUACUUAGUAGGAUUUACUUCUAAGAAAUGCAUGUUUACAAUCACACUGCAGUUCUGUGAACCGCCCUGAGACCUCUGUGUAUAGGGCGGUAUAUAAAUUCAAUAAAUAUUAAUUAAACAAUGGGAAAAGUCCAGUUCUAAAGACACCAAGCUGUUGAAACAACUGUGACUGGGCAAGAUAGUUGCUUUGAUCAUUGCCAGAUGGCUUGUAUGUAUGGCUAAAUGGAAGAAAACCUCUGAAGCACUGGCUAGGAAGGAAUGACUUCAGAAACCAAACAGACAUGGUGUGUCUAAAAGUACCUUAACUCUGUACACCAGGCAUAGCCAGCAUGGCAGCCUCCAGAUGCUGUAGACUACAACUCCCAUCAGCCCCAGCCAGCAUGGCUAGUAGUCAGUUGUAGUCCAAAAGGUCUGGGUGGCACCAUGCCAGCUGUGUCUGCUGUGCAUCUCUUACUUCUGCAGUCUGUGAAAUGUCAACAGACUCCUUUACAGCAACCAGUAAAAUCCAAGGCUAGCUUCAGGUUCGAGCUGCCCAGCCAUCUUAUGAGCCUCCCUUAUAUACAAACCUUGCUACCGAGAGUAGGCAGCAGCAGCAGCACCGCACUCUGUAAUAGCCGCCCCCCCCCCCAUGAUUUAGAAAUGUAAAUAGUGAGUACUUUGCACAGCCACCCAUAGGUGGACCCUCAGCAGCUGCCCAGGAAUGCUGUCUGCUGAUACCAGAGCCAGUGAAACUGUUCCCAUAAAUUGUGUUUGAAUCCAGAAAACGAAUGUGUCAAAGAGAAGGCUAGUUUUCAUCGUGCAAAUGUUGUUGUUUUCUAUCCUGUGAUGAGCUGCUUAUCUGGACCAGACCUUACAACUCCCCUGUAUAUCUGAGUUUUUCAAACAUGCAUGCUUUCAAAGUUCGAAGGAAGCAUCCGGAGUUAUUGUACUUUCCCAAUAAGAUUCAAACUUUUCCUGCUCUUUCUAAUGUGCAUUUAGUUCAAAGAUGAGAAACUAUUUUGCGCAUGCAGUCAAAAUUAAGAGAGAUCUGUGCAUUCCAAGUGUGCUCAGUUGGGGGUGCUAUAGCCAAUUUGUAAAUUGGUUAAGGAGGGCAGAGAACGUUUCAAAAGUACACUUCUCGUGGAAAAAUAUACAAAGCAAUAGAAUAUUUACCAUGAAGCCUUUAAGCAGCAACUUACAGCUAAUAUGUUUCAAGCCAGGGGCAGCACUUCAGUCUUUGCUGACUUUAUUUACCAUAUACAGUAAGUAUCCCAGAAAGUGCUGUUACAGGUGAAAAGAAAUUGCAGACGGUUAGGCAUUUCUGCACGCUGUAUCAUGCAGUCAAGCUCAGUCUAGAUGGGAUGCUGUGGAAUAUAAUCUUGACACUUUUCAGGUGAGCUAGAUUCCUAUUUUGCAGGAUUGCACCCUUUCUAACGUGCUUGAAAAUUAAUCUUUGUGAGGGGGAUUUUGGGUUCUAGAAUGUCUGAUCUUGAGCAGUACUUAGCACCCUGUGGAACAAAUCUUGAAGUUUAUAUUCACUCAAUAAAGGCCAUCAGUGUGGAAGUCUGAAUAGCCCAGAUCUCAAAUGUAUGCUUGAAUGGGAGGGGGGGUUAACAAUCUCUUUUGCAAGAGUAUUAUGCCAUAUUAUAGGAUCUUGCUUUACAUUUCAGCUUUUCCACAGUUGCCAUAACCCCCCUCAUGCCCAUAUGUUUUGAUUCAUGGAAUUUAGCCAUCACAGAAUUCUUGCUCCGCCAAAGCCCAUGACUCUUGCUAUUUAGUUGAAUGAAGGAAUGAGAUUUCUUUCUUGAAGGGUGCGCCCUGCUGCAGGUCCACCAAUAACAGAAGCUAAGGGUGGUCCCACCCCAUAGGCCAGUGGUAGCCAACAUGGUGCCCUCCAGAUGUUGCAGAACAUCAGCUCCCAGCCAACAGUGAAGGGAGUUAUAAGCCAGCAACAUCUGAAGGCCACCAUGUGAUGGUGUAGGCAGAACAUGCAUUUGCCUGGGGCAGUGGGAUUCCAAAGACUCCAGACUAAUCAGCAAAAUCUACUGAGAGGAAUAACACAAUUUUUCCUACUAUCAGCUUCUUGAGGUAAUAUGGUUUAAGCUUUCCCAACUGCAGCCCCCCCCCACCCCACCCCCGCUCUUCCAUUCACUAGUAAAGAACAAGAAAGGGGUUUUCAACUGGGAAAACUGUUACAUGAGAGAACACAAACUGUCCCCUCUCCUGGACUCCACUGAAGAAAUAGUUCCACGCCUCAUACAAUAAGAUGCAGGGCUAAUGACAGGCACGGGCGCGAUUGAUUUUCAUUUAGGGCAUCAACGUUGUUUGUGAUACCCCUAAGGCUGCUGUCCUGGACACAUAGGUCCACUCAGAAGAAAGCCCACUGAAUCCAUUGGGUCAUAGUCCCAGGUGAACAUCUGUAGGAUUGCAGCCUUGGCUAGGAACAUGUGCUGCUGAAGUCACUGGGGCUUACUUCUGAGUAGGCAUGUCUAGGAUUGCACUUUAAAUGCCUUUCACUGAUAGUUAACUGCCUAGGAUAGCCUUAACAACAACAUAAAUGGGUCUAUGGCAAAUCAAGAACACAGCUCUGGAAUAAAUCCGUAGAGUUUUGAUUGGAAAUAGUAAUCACCCAAUGUAAAAUAUGACUGAAUUUCAUUCAUCUAAUUCUUAAAUAUGUUUGGCCUUAUAAAUUGAAGAGUCCCACUCCAAGAUGGCAGUUGGCUUAUCUUAAAAGAAUAAGAUUUGCAUGAUUUAAUUGUGAUUUUUCCCUGCCCUGCACUUUAGAUAAUUUGUGUCAUUUCCAUACAUAUAUAGAUAUAUAAAUUUAAGUAUGUAUUUAUAAUUUAAUUUUUUUGCCAAGUACUGGAAUAAACAGUGAGCAUAUCUGGUAUAUGUCAUUAUUUAUUUAUUAAAUUGCAUUUUUUU